ACUCUUAUGUGUCAUCUCACAAUUGUUCUUUCGUUUGUUAAUUUUGAGGCUUGGACAGAACUUAUUGGUAUAUAUACAAAUAAACAAAUUUUGACUUAAUGGAUAUAAUUAUAUAAUAUUAUAAAGAUACUGCUGAAAUAGAUGAAGUAACACGAAGAAGAAAAAAACAGGAUUAGCAAGACCAUGAUAAUCUUAUUCUAGUUAAGUGUUAAAAUGUCUGUGAUAUUGCCUAGUGGAGAAUCCCAAGAUUUCAAUUCAAGUAGUUUAGAAGUUUAGCAUAGGCUGAUUAAUCCAGUUUUUAUGCAUCAAAUCAAACAUUUUCUGUGAUGCAUAAAAAAACAAAGAGCCAUAGAAAAGGCAGAAGUUUUGAGCUCUCCAAUUACCACAAUCAAGUUUUAUUGCUUCCUUAUUUAAUCAUUAGAGAGAUUUAUGAAAUAGCUGUAGAAAGAAAGAAAAUUCUGUACAAUUUUGUUGUCUGAUUCUGUCUAUUUAAAUGUAUAUUCUUAUAUUACAAUUUGAUAACAAUUAUUACGUUUUAAAAAAAAUAUGAUUUAGUGAGCAAUUUAUUAGAUGGACAAAUAAACAGAUAGAGGAUCUGUGUCUCUAGUUGAGUUUGUAAAUAUGCUCAGUUCAUUUAUUCUUUGGGCUUUUGACCCAAAAAAAACUCUUCUUUGGGUCACUUUCAUGAUUUGUUUUGGAAUGUUUGACCUACUUUGCUUUGAGCUAAUCUUAGGCAAAUGGUCUACUUCUUAUAGAAGUCAAAAAUGGCCAAGGUAUAUUUUCUGAUAUUGAAUUCUAUACAUUAAACAUGUAUAUAAAGAUUUCAAGAGUCUAUACAAAAAGAAACAAAUCAAAGAAUAAAGAGGAAAAUGAUCUCUUUCCUAAAAAUCUAUAUUACAGCUUUACAAGAUUCAUUCCUAAUAAAUACUGAUUUUUUUACACUCCCCUUAAGCUGGUCUAAAAAUAUCUUCCAUAGCUAGUUUGCCGUUAAGAAAAUCAAACUAUAUUUUUGUAGAGUCCCUUUGUGAAGAUAUUUUGUACUUGUUCACUGGUUGGAAUAUAGACAUGCACACCAAGCCUUGUUCAAUUUUUUCUUUAAUGAAGUGUUUGUCCACUUCAACAGUUAGUACGGUCAUGAAGCAUCAGAUUGUGAGCAAUUACAAUCGCAACUUUAUUAUCGCAGUAUGAAUUCAUAGGUGAUACUUGUAAUGACUUUAGUUCUUGAGGUAAUCUUCUUAUCCACAAAGUUUCACACAUGCCAUGAGCCACAACCUUGAACUCAGCUUUAGCACUACUUCUUGUUACAACAUUUUGCUUCUUGUUGUGCCAUGUGACCAAAUUACCACCUACAAAAUUAUGCUUUCAGCCCAAGCAACAUCAGUAUAGGCUUUAAUUUUCAAAUGUCCACGUGCCUCAAAUAAGAGGUCUCUUACUGGUGUCCCUUUGAGAUAUCUAUAGAAAUCUGUAGACAACAUCAAAGUGUUCUGAACAUGGCGAAUGCAUAAAUUGACUAACCAUACUCACAGAAAAUGUUAUAUUGGGACAAGUGUGAGUUAAAUAGAUAAGUCUUCCAACCAAUCUUUGGUAACGCUCCUGAUCCUUCACAUUAACUAAUUAUGUUGGUUGUGUAAUUUAAUGUUGGGUUUAAUAGGAGUUUCAACAGGAUUGCAACUUAACAUACCUAUCUCACUUAGUAAAUCCUGAAUAUACUUACGCUGACUUACAAAAGUACCAGCCUUGGAUUGAGCGGAUUCCAUUCCAAGAAAGUAUUUUAGAACGCCCAAAUCUUUGAUUUCAAAUUUUUCACAAAGCUUCUCUUUUAGUCUCUCUAAUUCAUGAGAAUCAUCACCAGUUAGUACAAUGUCAUCAACAUAUACUAUAAGAAUGGCUACCUUUCCUUCUGUUGAGUGUUUGUAAAACAUAGUGUGAUUGACUUGACUUUGUAUGUACCCAUGAAGCUUUAGUACCUUACCAAAUCGUUCAAACCAAGCUCUAGGGGACUGUUGGAGACCGUACAAUGAUUUUUUCAGCUUACAAACAUUGCCAAAGCCAAAGUGCUUUCGAAACCUGGUGGAGGACUCACAUAUACUUCUUCUUCUUCAAGUUCUCCAUUGAGAGAUGCAUUCUUCACAUCAAGCUGAUGUAAUGGCCAAUUGGAAUUGAUUGCUAAUGACAACAACAACCGAAUACAAUUAAUUUUUGCAACGAGAGCAAACGUCUCUUGAUAGUCUUAUCCCAUAGGUUUAAGUGAAACCUUCGCCAUGAGUCUAGCUUUGUACCUUUCAAUACUACCAUCAGCCUUGAUCUUUAUAGUGAACACCCAUUUACAACCUAUUUUUUUUCUUCUCAUUUGGUAAUUUAACAACUUCCUAAGUCUCAAAUUGGUUUUCAAUCAUUCUAAAACAAUUUGAAAAAAAUUAUUCAACUUUAGACUUCUCACGCAUUAAAUAAACUCGACAAAGGCGAGUAUGGUCGUUUAUAAAAGUAACAAAUCAUUUUUUUUUCCAGAAUUUGUAGUAACUCUUAAAGGUCCCCAAACAUCACUAUGAAACAAAUAAAACGGUUUGGAAGAUUGAUAAGAAUUUUUAGCAUAAGAUUUUCGCCAAUAAACAACUAUCACAUUGAAAAGAUAGAGGAUUCAAUUUCUUAAAUAGUACUGGAAACAAAUGUUUUAAAUAAUAAAAACUAGGAUGGCCAAGUCUAUAAUGUCAAACCUUUAAUUGAUCAUGAACAGAAAGAGAACUAAUACUACUAAACCCUUGAGCAAUUUUAUUAUUGGAAUUCUUAUCUUCAAAAUAGUAGAGAUCAUUAAUCAUCCCAGCACUUUCAAUUGUCUUCCUGGAACUCUGGUCCUGAAAAAGGUAAUGAGAUUCAUAAAAAAUUGCAUAACAAUUAGAAUCUUGAGAUAAUUUGCUAACAGACAAGAGAUUACAGGAAAGUUGAGGAACAUGGAGAACAAAUUUAAGAUCUAUCCCCUCAGAAUUUUUAAUUAAACCUCUUCCUGCAAUAGACGAGAAAUUACCAUCUGCUAGCUUAACUUUUUUACUACCUGGAUAGGGUAUAUAAGAGUUAAACAAUUUAGAAGAAUAGGUCAUAUGAUCUCCGGAAUCUAUGAUCCAAGUAGUAUAAUUUUUUAGAAGACAAUGUAGAGCAUUUAUUUCAUUACUUGUAUGUGCCAUAGAAGCAGUAGGAAUACCAGAUGAGGUCGAGGUAGUUUUCAGCAGUGCAUGAAGAUGAUCCAGUUGCUCCAUGGAUUGGUUUAAACUUCAUUAGCAGUUGGCAUGGCCAUUCCUGAUCCUUAGCUUUGCUUUUCCAACUGGCUGGUUUCCUAUGGAUUUUCCAGCAAGUCUCACUGGUAUGACGAGGUUUAUUGCAGAAGCCACACUGCACGCGAGGCUUCUCACCAAAUUUGGGUGAAUAAUUGGUGUUUCUGCCAUAACCUCCUCCCACAAUAGCCAAAGUCGAGCCUUCCACAACAGUUCCAAGAACCUUUUUUCCCAACAUAACACUCCUUCAAUUCAAGACUCCUCUCUUUUGACCUUCGAGAUCACCUCACCAAUUGAAGGUAAAGGUUGUCGACCAAUUAUUCUCGCCCUCACCUCAUCAAACUCCACAUUGAGUUCAGCCAAGAACUUUGUCUUCUCAAUAGUUCUUUUGUGGUGUUUUCCAUCCUUAUCUAACUGCCAUUCAAAUGUGUCAAAGAGCUCAAGGUCCUGCCAAGUUUUUAGAGAAUUAAAAUAUUUUGUAACAGAUUCUUCCCCUUAUCGUAGCUCACCCAAUUUGAGAUGCAACUCAAACAUUUGAGAUUGGUUCUUCAAAUCAAAAUACAUCUAAACAACAUUCUCCUAAAGAUCCUUUCCUGUAGGGUAGCACAUAUAGUUAGAACUGAUCUCUUCCUCCAAGGAAUUCACAAGUCACACCAUCACCAUUGAAUUCUUAGCAUCCCAGGUCUCGCAUGUCGAAUCAUCCUCUGCUGGCGUCUUCUUCUCACCUGUCAAGUACCCCAUUUUUCCACGACCGCACAUGUACAUCUAUACCGAUUGUGAACAUCUGAGGAAGUUAUCACCAUUCAAAUGAAUGGUGGUGAUUUGGACAUAAUGAUAGUCAAAAGGAAUGGUUUUGGCUGGAACAGUGGUAGAUUCAUUUGAGGCAUCAUACAUGGUGAAGAAGGAGAAGAAAACGAUUAGAGUUACAGUUAGGAGGCGGCUGGCUUUAAUACCAAGUCAAAAAUGGCAAAGAAUUGGUUCGGAACUGGUCUAUCAUAGACUUCCAUGGAAGGAGCCUGAUGCCCCGCAUUUGCUUGAGAUCCUAUAUGAAGAUGAUGAUAUGAUAGCUUUAAAUAAACCAUCUGGGCUGCAAGUAUUACCAGGAGGUCUUUUCCAGCAACGCACAGUUCUGACACAGCUCCUUUGGUGGGCCGCUAAGCUGAGCUCUUCUCUAAGGUGCAAUAAACCGCAUCCUACUCCUGUCCAUCGACUUGGAAGGGGCACAUCAGGAUUAUUACUAUGUGCAAAGACAAAGAUUGCCAAGACUAAGCUUGCGACAUAUUUUGCUGAUGGAACAUCCCAUCUUGGUGGCAUCAGUAAAGCCAAUUCGGAGCUUGGUAUAUCGAGGAAAAUCUUAAAGAUUUAUCGGGCCCUGGUAACUGGGAUAGUUUGUGAUGACAAGGUGAAUGUCAGUCAACCGAUUGGAAUUGUGCAGUAUCCUGGUGUGGCGAAAGGGUUGUAUGUUGCCUCUCCCUCAGGAAAACCAGCGCUUAGCAAAGUUGAAGUCCUAGAGAGAGACACAGAAAAAAAUUGCACGUUGGUCCAGGUUGAGAUUCAGUCCGGAAGACCUCACCAAAUUCGUAUUCAUCUUGCUUUCAUUGGACACCCUCUACUAGGUGACCCUCUUUAUGUUGUUGGUGGUGGACCUCAGCGCUCAGAUUCUGAAUAUCUGGAUGAAAAUUUCGCAUUAGAUGGAGGGUUUCUGAGACCUACGAAACCUGUUCCUGGGGACUGUGGCUACAGCUUACAUGCUCAUAAAGUUACACUAUCUCAUCCAACCACCAAUGAGGUGAUCAUAAUCUCAGCGCCUCUUCCACCCAACCUUCGGACACGGAAAGAAGUGCAAGAAAGAUAGGCAUGAGUUAGCAGUUAGAAAGAUUACAAGACUUUUUGUUUUAUCUUUGCGUUUGAUAAAACAUGCAGGUGAGCAUGUGCUUGUGCUGAUGCGUAAUGUUUCAUUACUGUAUUGAGUCGUAUAGGUGUAUCGUCUCCUUUUGCUCCUCCUGCAUUUAAAGUAUAAUAUCCUCCAAGAAAAAAAAAUUAUAAAACAAUUGUUAAAAGUAUCUUCCAUACACUUUGCUUGGUUUUAGUUUACUACAAGUGAUGGAAGAACAAAACAAAAAGGAGAAAAGUAAUAUAUUCUCUUCUACUUGAUUUUAUUUCGGUUAUGAAAUAGAUGAAAGCUUUUCCCUU